AUGGAGAAUGGGAUUAGAGUGCAAAAGAAUGGCCAACAAGAUGUUUCCGAACAGGUGUCCUGGGAGACAGGACUUAUCAGUCUGACUGAGCCUUCUCCAGACAGCAUGACUCUCUCACUUUGUCUUCCUCUGCUGGUUGUGCUCCUGCAGCCUGCUCUGUGUCUCUACAACUGCUCCUCUGAGUAUGAGAGGACCCCAGACAACUCGGACCUGACAGUUGACUGUGGCACCAGAAUGAUCACCCUGGAGAUCAACCUGUGCACAGCUCAGUGGGCAGGCUUCAACACCACGGACCUGGCUCUGAACGGGAACCACAACAAUACAGAGUGCCAGGGCUCUGUCGACACUAGUGCGGACCCUCCGAUCAUCCGUUACCAGCUUCCUGUUAACCACAGUCUGGAUAACCCCUGUCGCCAGUCUCUGCAGAUUGUGGAUGAGACUCCGGAUCCCACAGGUCCCUUCAGCAACUUCCUAAGUAUCCAGUCAGUUAUCAUCACAGGGUACAUUGACACACCCAGAUCUGACCAGGGGGUGAUCAGCUAUUCCACAGACCUCUACUAUCAUUUCUCCUGCCGUUACCCGCUGGAGUACCUGAUCAACAACACAGAGAUUGUGGCCUCCUCAGUCUCGGUGGCGACCAGUGAUAAUAAUGGAACCUUCAUUGAUACACUAAAAAUGGCUAUUUUUAAUGACUCUCACUAUGGCUAUCCUUUAGUGGUACCUUCCACAGGACUUGAGCUACGAACCAGGGUCUAUGUGGAGGUCAAGGCUGUUAACCUCACGGGGAAUUUCCAUGUACUGCUGGAUCACUGCUUUAGUACUCCCACUCCUUACAACAUGUCGCACAGUGAGCAGCACAACUUCUUCACUGGAUGUUCAGUGGACCAAAGGACGUCUGUGGCAAGCAAUGGACUUUCCAAGAUUGCCCGGUUCAACUUUGAGGCCUUCCGCUUUGUUCAGCACCGUGACCAGGCAAAGUCCAGCAUCUAUCUGCACUGCAUACUGAGACUCUGCGAGCCCAGCAAAUGCCAAGAGCUGCUGUCUGCCUGCAAUACCAGAAGAAAAAGAUCCUUGACUCCUUUCGGAGUAGAAAGCAGAGAAUCAGCCACUGUUUCAGUUGGACCUCUUUACACAGCUCGAGAAGACAGGCCCUAUGCAGCUGCCUACAGUAAUGACAUGGCAUCAGAGAGGGACGAUGUGAGCGUGACGGGCCUGGUGGUGGGGGUGGUGUUUGGCUCGGCCGCUGCUGCCUUGCUGGUUCUGGGUGGCUGGUUCGUCCUGAAGAAGUUUUAUUGAGUGGGAGGAAUACCUCAUUCCUUUGACUGACAGAUUGAGUGGCAAAUUGUCUUUGCCUCGUCACCUCAUACCUCAUAAAAUCUGAUAAUGUUGGGAUUUUUUCAGUAAUAACCAAAUGUUCUAGUCAGGUGAGUAUUGAAACCAAACAAAUAUUCUGGUAACUUUUCCUGUCUAUACUCACUGCAUCUGCUUUCAGUAGUCAUUUACUGGCAAUGAAGGAACUGUUAAGCCUGAACAAUGUGUAAAAAAAACAAAUAUUAACUAUGGCAG